CUUUUGUUAUCACCACCGGACGAUGAGCUCAGUGUUUUCAUCACGAUCGUCGCCCUUCCAUGUCAGCAACCGUCGCGUCGCCCUCAUCAUGGACAGCAUAUUCGCCAUAGGAUUAGGUCUUUCCCUUCGUUUCGUUGUCGACACCGUCGGCCGCAACAACCUCAAGCUCACUGGUACUAUCAUUGGCCUCUGGGAGGGCAUCAUCCUUCUACAUUUCCUCCAGAAAAUGCCAUACUCGUUUGAUCCAUAUGUUGGAUAUGCAGUCCGUCUUUUUAUCGAUUUUUUGGUCACCGAGAGCAUCACCCGCUUGCUUCUCGUCGUCGUCUGGACCGGCCUGGGGAUAGUGCUGGCAGAUAUUGCACCAGGAAUUUGGCAGGAGACGGGCAUGCGCAAGGCAUGGCACCGCCUCCGACGGGAGCUCUUUUUGCUGACGAGGUCGGUGCCCACUUUGACGCCAUUCACGAAGCCUCGCAUUGUCCGAUUUUCGCCAUCCCGGGCGGCCUCUGUCAUUUCCUCAGCAGUUGGCUCACGAACGCCAUCUGUGCUCACUGUUACUCCGACAAUUUCUCAAUCCUCUCUAGAUGUCCCACCUGUACCCCGUCCACCUAAGAGACCUGUACCAGGUUUUUUCCCAGGUGAAGUGUCGGAGGCAGAGACCCAGAGUUCUUUAUCAGCCAGCUCACCCGCAUCCCCUCCCGUAUCUCUUUCUGUUCCAAUCCAGGGGGCGGAUACAGAAAGUCUGCUAUCAGGCCAGGGUACGUCGAGAGAAUUCACAUUCCCUUCUAUGCCUCCUCGGGACAAUGAUGAUCUAUACGCCUCUUCCUCCUCCUCCUCCUCCUCCGACACGAAAGAGCAUAUGGACCCAACUACCGUGGAUCUCCCAGAGAUUGUUGUGGCGGAAGAGGAACCCAAUACGCUGAAGCAAGAUCCCACUGUCUUCCCCCCCACUCCUGAACACUCUCCCUAUGAACAUCCCCAGGAAGAACGUGUCGUUACUCCGCCUGCCUCGGAGGUUCCGAUCAUUCCUGAUCUCCCAGAAACAGCUCUUGACACUGACUGGGAGAACGUAGAGAUGGAGGACGGUGCGCCAACGCCUCCACCUAAGGAUGACCCUAUGCGUCCCCUGAAGAUGUUCUCUUCUUCGUCUCGCGCUCCGUCACAGGUUCGCUCUGAAACAAUAGCUCCGACUUCAUCACAACCAUUAGGUAAACACAAAGCUUGGUCCGAAGUCGAUGCAUCGUUUUCAACGUCUCCAUUUGAUUUCAAGACAGACAAUGGAUCUCCGCCAGCAAUGCCCAUUCCCGUCCAUUAUUCUCAAGCAGAGAUUCCUACUCAUGCCACUUCUGCUGCAGUAGAAUCCCCAAUAAUCGUUUCUCCUGCAACAGAUUCAUCGGUAGACGAUUCACCCGAUAAUCCUGAAUCAUCUACAGCCGCGGGUGCCCUCCAGCAUUCACAUUCAAUGAUAGCGUCAACAUCAGAAUUCACGGAUAUGACCAGUAGCCUUGCGCGCGCAUCCUCUAUCAACAAAGAUAUCCUAAAUAUCACGGCAGAGGACCAAACGAACCCUCCCCCUCCCUAUCCGGACGUACUUUCUACCAAUGAUGAAGUCGACUCCCCCGAAGCUGAAUCGGGCGCAAAAUCACCCUCGCCCUCUAGCGACACGAGCGUCACUUCUACAACUUCUCUCCUUCAAGACGCUAGAGAUUCCCAAGCCAAAAUGGCUGGGUACAGCAGCCAGGAGAGGGAGUUGGAGCGGCAGAUAGAUGCGCUCGAAGCCGAUGGCGCGGCUGGUGUAGGCCUGAAGUCCUUAAAGAUCAAGGAGUUGGAAGCCCUGAGGCGAAAGAUGGCAAAAACUAGAGAAAGAGCGGAGAAGAAAUUCUAUUACGACAACAAUUUGGAUGAGCAAUCUAACGAGAUCGAUUUGAGCGGGCUGACAGCGCAGAAGGCGGUGGACUUUACAGAAAAGCGGCUGGCGUAUCUUCUGAGUACAGGAAAAGUCGACAAGCCACUGGUUGUAACCGUGGCAAAGGCAACGAAGAGACGUGACGUCAAGGCGAAAUUGAAUACCGCAAUGAAGUCGCAUGGCAUGACUACUGUAGAUGACACGACAAAUUCACGCGUACUGAGGAUAAUGCUACCCCAAACAAUCUGACUUACGACUCACGAACCGACAUGUAUAAGUCUCACACCUACGAAAGUCGUUGCUGUUGCCAUAUUCUUUUCUAAAUUUGCCAGUGCUCUUACAUACCACCUAUUACCCAGGAUGUAUUCAUUGUACAAUCAUUUUUUUGGACGGAAGGUUACGGCUUCUUAACUGGAGAGAAGGGG